AGGGACUAUGUUCGAGAAAGUGGAGGUCUGCUCUAUCUAUACAGCCUCCUACAGAGAACUGACUUCCCAAACAUCAAGAUAGCUGCUCUGUUCUGUCUGGCUUCUGCCACAGAAAAAAAUGUGUUUUCCCAGACACUUCUGACACAGCAUGGUGUGUUUCGUGUCAUCCAUGGCAGUCUACACAGUGUAAUAUCCACAGACAAACUCCGACAAGCUGCUGUCUUCCUACUGCUGUGUCUUGUUGCUAACAAUAGUCAAUCCCAGAAUGAAGCGAGGGAUUCUGGUUGCCUGGCAGACCUCAUGGGAAUGUUCAGGAAGUUGGUGAGCAGUGGCAACAAUGUCAUCAGCGAGGCCAGGCAGUUUGGUCUUGUCACCAGUGCCCUCAGUGUCUGCGUCAACAACCCACAGAAUGAGGAAAACCAGCGCUUGUGCUCCACACUGCUGCCACACAUCUUCAGUCUUUUGAUGAGAGUGUCCGAGCCCCAGACCCUCUGUCCUGUGCUGUCCUUGGUGGGAGUCAUGGUGGCCAACAAUGUUUUUAACCAGGACCGGGUGAAGAAGUGUGGGGGCCUGGACACACUUGGGUCCCUGUUGUGUAACUUAACCAACAGGAGUGGGGAGGAGGACAACCUAAUGUUAGCGGUGCAGGUGGUCGGUGCCCUAGAUUCCUGUCUCAUGGAUAAUGAGGUUAACAUCAACAGGCUACGGGAAGUGUGUGGGUUUGGUCCUCUCUUCUCCCUCCUCACACCAGGACUCCUGAGUCAGCAAGAACAGUUGCAGGUGGUGGUGACACUCUCUCAUGUUCUGCAAGACAAUUCAGGUGCGCUGGCUGGUGUGUCAUCAGAGGAUUAUCAACAGCUGGUGUGCCUCCUCACACAGGCCCAGGAUGAGGAACUUGUCAAGGCCCUCAAAUAUGUCCUACAGAUGAUACAGGAUUCAGAAUGUGACAAACAGAAGGCUCAGCCUGAAAUGAAACCAACCUUGAAGAAGAGCAGUCAACUGAUUUUGGAGAAGAUUGAUGAACUCUCAGCAAGACUUGAAACAUAUAAGGAGGAGUCCAACCAAACCACUACCACUAACCUGAACAACAACUGUACAAGAUUACCUUCUACGAGUGGCCAACAUAUAACUGACCAUCUACCAGAUCCUCAGACAGGUUACAGUCACUUACUGGAUGCAAGGAAUAAAUGCAGUCCUACUGAACCUAUCAAGCAGAUGUAUGACAGACAACACACUGCAGAACCACCUCACAUAAACUGGACUGAUAUCUCACAGUCUAAUGUCAUGAACAAUGACACUCCUAACAAAGCACUGCCAAGACUUGAUUUUAACUCUGAAAGGAAUACAUCAAGAGGUUCUCCUCACUUGAUGAAUUGGCUCAGACACCUCAUUCCUGAGGCCCUAUUAAGAAGAAGAGAUGAAGUCAAAGAAUAUUCCUAUGACUACAAGAGUCAAGGCAAACAUUCUGCAACCUGGCGACCAACGUCUGUGGUUGACUACAAUCACUGUUGCAGGAGUGACUCAGGGAUUGCUGACAAUGGACUGGGUCAAGAUAGGGUGACAAGCCCUCACUGCAGUGAUAAUAUGUGUUUUAGAAGUGCCCAAAGCAGAUCCGUAGCAUCAUCUGAUGUUCAUGGUUAUAAUAGUUUUCAACAUCAGGCAUCACAGUAUGAGACAAAUGGUGAACAUGAAAACAGGAGUUUGCAUGGAAAAUAUGAACAGAGUUUGAAUAAGAAUAGCUGUAACUCACAACAUAUUGCAGAUAGGAAUAAUUGUGUUUGCUCAGCGGUUGAAAGGUGUGAUGAUGAACACAAAUCAGAUGGACAUGUACACAUUGAAAAACAAAAGUACACAGGUUUGUCAAAUGAACCCAAGGAUUGUUUUGGACAGUGUUGCCACAUGGUAAACUGUAAAACCAAUGCAAGAGACAGAAAGUGUGAGGAUUGUGCAUAUGUGUCCAAGAAAGUAAGUGCCAGAGAUGGAGGAUGUGGCAAGGAUUGUAGUAACACUGUCCCUUGCAGUCAGUGGGCUAGCUCUACUCAGAAUACUAGCUCUGAAAACACUCUAGUUGAAAAAUCACCACACCAUUCACAGAAGUGGAUUGAUGAAAGUGUUGUCAUGUGUUCUUGUGUAACAGAUAAUGGUUCCUUGACAAAACAGAAAGGAGCAGCAAUGGAUAUUUCUAAGAAUGCUUGUGUGCACAGUGAGAAACCUGGGCGAGGGGUAAGAAGCCUCCAUAUAAAUGUUCCAGCUAGCUCAGUUACACCACAGAGGAAUAGGAUGAUGAUUCCUACCCCUAAUUCCUGUCAGUCUGCAGUUUUCAAGACUCCAGCUCCUGUUGCUGCACCUUCACAGACAGCGUCAGUCAAGGGACAGUUCCUGAAGCCUGUGAAUACACCUCUAAGAAGGAAGACCGAGGCACCAUCCAGCUGUGGGUCUUCAUCAACCAGCAGCCGACGGAACGUCAGACUUCUGGCCCGACGUUCUGUUGUGGGGAUACAGGAAUCUGCUUCACCGAGGCACUCCCCACCACGUGCUCCCUCCACUCCACGGGUCACCCCUGUACCUUCACCAGCACAGUCUGAGUUUGACCUGGCACUGCUCACUUCUGCCAAAAGAACCAGAUGCAGAGAGGUUGAUAUGACUGAACUAUCAGGACCUUGCACACCGACAGUGAGGAAGCUGAGUACCCACCAGCUAAGAUGUUGGACAGAUGUCCACCGGCCAACUGUGUGUCCGUCCCCGGCCUACUCUAAGCCCCUGUCUGUGUUAGGGUGGUCCCAGCUGUCUGACACAGAUUCAGACUCUAUCUACACACACUCUGAGGAUGAAACCAGUAGCAGGGGCAGUGUGGCUGGAGAAGAUGACCAAGAAAAGAGGACAGACAAAUAUCAAACAAUGAGGGGUUUGUGUCCAGGUUGUCACCCUCCUUGUCAGCUGCAGUAUGACCUCCUCAACAGUCGUACCUACAACAUUGCCAUGGAGACCAACAGCAGCACAUGUAUUCAUCAUCGUGAAAUGCGUGAGGCAGAACGGGAGUUCAUUCUCAGACAAAAAUCCAGCAAGGUUCCCUCAAAAUCCCGUCCCAUUCCUGCCUUAAGUGAUGCGAAUUUUUGCCGAUCAUGUCCUCCUGCCAAAGGACUUGCUGCAUAUGACUUUCAUGUUUCCAGUAGUGAAACAGACAUUGGAAAAAGAUUUGUGUCACCACCACACCCAACUGAUUCAAGGAAAACAGUGGAUGUUGUGCAACUGCAUCGGACAAGAACCAGGCAGCACAAGCGCAAGCGUGUAGCAUACAGUCAGGAGGAGCUGGACAACCUGUCACAUGGGGUGGAGACCCUUGGGACCAAGUGGAACCAGAUCCUUGUCACCUACAAGUUCCAUCCUUCACGCACAGCAGUGGACCUUAGGGAAAAGCACAGGCGAAUGGUAAAGUCGAGCAGUGCUUCAAAGAAGAGAGCAAGAGACAGCAAGCCGUUCUCCAUGUGUGAAGAACGUCGCUUGCGCCGUGGAGUGAAGACUUUAGGCUAUAACUGGAAGGGCAUAAUCAGUAUGUUUCGGUUUUCACGGGGUCGUAGGGCAGAGGAUCUUCGAAACAGAUGGAGGACUCUAAUGAAGACAACUUCCACAUAACAUUACCUGCACAUGCUCUCAGGUUCUGAGACAAAUAUGGUGAUUCAUCUAAAGUUAAUGAAGAUAUGUUGCUAAAUUAUAAAAUAAUUGCUACAAAUAUACAUUAUGAUAUUUGAUUAUUACUUUUUUGUAUUAUAGGUAAGUGUUACGUUAACCUUGGUUCUGCAUGCUGCGUAAUUGUUGAUGUAAUAUUGUCUUUGACAUUUGUUCAUAAGAUAUACACACAAUGAAUCCUCAUAUUUAUCUUUAUUCUUGUUGAUAAGUUGCAAACAAACUUUGAUUGCCUGUAUAUACACUGGUAACUGUGUUGCCAUUUGUUAAUGUAACCUAUGUCCAGUAUUAUUGAAGAAACAAAUAAAUUUCAUGUGAA